AUGGGACUCUCAGUGCUGAAUUGUACAGUAAUUGUGCAUUUGCUUGAGACAUAUUAUCUUUCUCCAGCUUAUGGCAUGGAGUCCUGCAUUGGUUUCCCUGGCAACCUGUUGGCUGUACUUGGUUAUAUAUUUUGUUUGCGAGAGUGGCAAAGCUGCAACAUUUACCUCUUCAACCUGGCAGUUUCCAACUUUAUUUUCAUAUGCACACUGCCACGCUUUUCUUUUCUCUAUGCCAAGGAGCAAUCAGAAACCCAACCUUUUGCUUGUGUUUUCAACCGCUAUGUCCUGCAUGUCAACCUGUAUUCGUCCAUACUCUUCAUGGUUUGGGUUAGCAUGGACCGCUUCCUGCUUGUAAAGUAUCCAUCACGGAACCACUACCUGCUGAGGGUGCGAACAGCUCUGAUAUUGACUGGACUGAGCUGGAUAGCAGUUAAUGCAGAAAUUGCUCCCAUGGUAGUGCUCAUGGUUCAGGACCUGCAGAGUAGAAACUGGAGUCUUUGCAAGGAUUUUGCCAGCCUAACAGGAGAUAUCAACUUAUUAGGCUACAGUCUUGGUCUAACUUUGACUGGCUACAUUGUACCUUUGCUUGCACUUUGUGGCUUUUCUUGCCAAAUUGCUCAUCUGCUCCAAAAUCAGGAAAAGGCUUUACAGCGCAGAACAUCAUCCUACAAGAGACCCCUCAGAGUUGUUGCAGCAACUACAGCCAUGUUCCUUAUUUUAUAUACUCCUUACCAUGUGCUGAGAAACAUCAGAAUAGCUUUUAGGCAACCGUGGGCAGCAGGGAUGGAACUGUGUACAAAGACAUACUUAGAGAGCCUGUACAUCCUUAGUAGACCACUGGCUUUUUUGCACAGCGCCAUCAAUCCUGUUUUCUACUUCUUCAUGGGUGACAGGUUUAGAGAGCUCCUAAUUACUAAACUAAAAAAAAUAGUCAGACAAAUAGGGUAGCUCAAAAGUAAAACAAAGCAGCAUAAAUAAACUACUAAAAAUAAAAUCAGUAUACUGUAUAGUACAGUAUAUGUACAUAUUCUAUCUAUCUAUCUAUCUAUCUAUCUAUCUAUCUAUCUAUCUAUCUAUCUAUCUAUCUAUCUAUCUUCGUUAUUUUUAUUCUAAUAUCCUGUUGAGAUUUGAAGCUUCACCAUUGUUGAACUCCUUGAUGUGACGGCCUCUGCUAA